AUGAUGUUUCGUAUGCCAUCUUUUCUUUUAAUGUCUAUAUCUCAGGAUGUCGAAAAAAAUCCCACGUUUAAUUAUGUGCCUAUCGUGCAGCUAGAGAAUUCCAGCAUGGACUUCAUACGUGAUCUUAUGCAUUCAGAUUAUUGGAUUGUUCACUUAUUAUCGUUCUCAUUUAAUUCCAGCCAUUAUUUGCCACUCACAAACUCAUAUCCUCAUCAAGGACUAUUGCCAUCGGAUCUUUAUGUCGAUCAUGAUCAUAUUCUUUUACCGCUUCCUAACAAUACAAUCGAUUGGUAUUUAAUAUCAUCUACGAAUGUAAACAUGCCAAAUGUUUUACCUUCGCCGUUCAAUCGAAUCAAUCUAUCGACGACAACGACGAGCAGUAGCACAGCAACAGCAGUAGCAGCUAUCCAAAAGUCCAUGUCAGUGAGCGAAAUGUUACCCUUGGUAUUUGUUCUUUCAACUAUUGUUAUUCUGUGCAUAUGUGGUAAUAUUCUUGUUAUUCUCUCUGUCUUUACAUUUCGACCACUACGAACUGUACAAAACUUUUUCAUUGUUUCGCUGGCGUUCUCCGAUAUGUUAGUUGCUGUCAUAGUAAUGCCAUUUCAUAUUGUUACCCAUAUACUCAAACGAUGGAUAUUCGGACAAAUUUUCUGUCAAAUAUUUGUCACCUCUGAUGUCCUUCUCUGUACUUCAUCAAUAUUGAAUCUUUGUGCUAUAGCGCUGGAUCGCUAUUGGGCUAUCAGUGAUCCGAUACAGUACGCACGGCAACGUACCAUACGACGUGUACUUCUGAUGAUUUUCAUCGUUUGGGCAUUGUCGGCAACAAUAUCUAUCCCGCCGAUCAUCGCUACUAUUCUCGGCUCACAUGAAUUACAAAAUUUUAAUGAACUACAACAGUGUGAAUUGUCCACUAAUAAAGCUUAUGUUAUCUAUUCUGCUUGUGGUUCAUUCUAUAUUCCUGCCUUAAUUAUGACUGUGGUCUAUGCUGAAGUUUUCAUCGAAACAAGAAAACGUUUUCGUGAACGCGCCAAAGCUGCCGAGAAAUUAGCCAAUGCCACUCGUGCACACAAAAGUAGUACGAUGACGAGUUGUUUAAACGAACAAUUUCAACAUACGAUUCAUCAAAGUUUAAGUUCACCAAUUAUUAAUCCCACAGCUUGCCUUUUGAAAUAUUCAGCUUCAAAUGGGAGUGGAGUCGAGAAUUUCAGUAGCGAUGAUAUGGAAGAAAUGUUAUGUCUCCAACAAGAAUAUGUUAAAACAGUUGCAUCGUCUAGUCUUAGUCACAAUGAUAAUAACAACACGUUGAUAAAUAACAAUGGUGUUCAAUCUCAACAAUCGGAAACGAAUCAUUCACAAAAUUCUUUAAUAAUUAAUACUGAUGAAAAUCGAAUGUUUCCGAUGAUUGGUGAUUCUCUGACAAAAAACAACGGUUCAACGAUUCCAACGCCAAGUCCAGUAUCCGCUCCUGAAUGUAUCUGUGAGACACAUGAAGAAAUUCAACAGCAAAGUGUGUCGAUUCAAACAGGUAAAGUGACAAGAAAACUCAAAUAUUUUCCGUUAAAAUUCCCGUCAAGAGAAAACAAUCGAAAGACCUUGUUCAAAGGCAAAAGUUUAGCCACAUUAAUGCAUGAACGACAGAAAAUCUCUUUGACCAGAGAACGUCGUCUUUCACGAACACUUGGCAUUAUCAUUAGUGUGUUUCUUCUUUGUUGGUUACCAUUUUUCGUUGUUUAUAUCCUAUCAGCAUUCAUUGAUAUGCAUCUGUACAUCAAAGAACCAGUUCCAACACUGAUACUUUGGCUUGGCUAUGUCAAUAGUGCUGUUAAUCCACUGAUCUACACGAUAUUUAAUGUCGAAUUUCGUACUGCGUUUAAACGACUGUUGUUUCCUAAUAUGGUGAAAAGAGCGACAAAACGUCGAUACACGACGGAACAUAGUAGGAUCAUGCAAAAUUAA